AGGCCCACCAAGACUAUCACUAUGACCGAUGGGGACUAUGAUUAUCUGAUCAAACUCCUGGCCCUUGGAGACUCCGGGGUGGGGAAGACGACAUUUCUUUAUAGAUACACCGACAAUAAAUUCAAUCCAAAAUUCAUCACAACAGUGGGAAUAGACUUCCGGGAAAAACGUGUGGUUUAUAACACACAAGGCCCAAAUGGAUCUUCAGGGAAAGCUUUUAAGGUGCACCUUCAGCUUUGGGACACUGCAGGACAAGAACGGUUUCGGAGCCUAACCACUGCGUUUUUCAGAGAUGCCAUGGGCUUCUUGUUAAUGUUUGACCUCACCAGUCAACAGAGCUUCUUAAAUGUCAGAAACUGGAUGAGCCAACUGCAAGCAAAUGCUUAUUGCGAAAAUCCAGAUAUAGUAUUAAUUGGCAACAAAGCAGACCUGCCAGACCAGAGGGAGGUCAACGAACGGCAAGCCCAAGACCUGGCAGAAAAAUACGGCAUACCCUACUUUGAAACAAGUGCAGCAACUGGACAGAAUGUGGAGAAAGCUGUGGAGACCCUUCUGGACUUAAUAAUGAAACGAAUGGAACAGUGUGUAGAGAAGACACAAGUCCCCGACACUGCCAAUGGAGGGAACUCCGGAAAACUAGAUGGGGAGAAGCCAGCAGAGAAAAAAUGUGCCUGCUAGACUCUACAUGUGAACUGACAAUCAAGAGCCCCACCCAAAUAUUACUUCCACAACAAAUGACCAACCACGAAAUUGUUGUUGAGUAGACCAUGCACAAAGGCAUGUCUUUCUUUUUCUGCCAGAAAAUCUACUUUAAGAAACUACAGUAGUCAACAGCGUGCAAAUGAAUUAAACAGUUUUCCCUGAGGCCCCUCCAGACAAGAUCAAAGAUUCCCUAAUGAUGUCUCACCAUCAUGGAUGCUAAAUGUGUUUUUCUUACAAAGAUGAAUAUAUAAGAUAGUGUACA